CGGCGACGGCCAGACGCCAGUAUCCGAGUCCCCACACUCUCCCACUCCCCACCCAUCCAUCACACACCUGUCCUCCCAUCCGCUUCGCCCCGCCGCGCCGCCUCGUCACCCCAAUCACUCGCGCACCACCCGCGAUGGCGAUGACGCCGGCGGCGGCGGCGAUCUCCGGCUCCAGCGGCCACCUCGUCCUCUCCUCCCCCCGCCUCCGGCAGCCGCUCACCCUCCCCCCGCGCGCGGCGCGCCCAAUCGCCGCCGCGUCGCCCAUGGCCCGCCGCGGGGUCGCGGCCGCCGCCGUGUCCACUCCCGCCGCGUCCGCCGCCGCGGGGAAAGAUGCCAAACAGACUCCUAAGGAUUUCCUUCAUAUCAAUGAUUUUGACAUGGAUACGAUCAUGAAUAUCCUUAAUCGGGCGAUUGAGGUUAAGACAGCGAUAAAAUCUGGAGACAGGAGCUUCCAACCGUUCAAAGGGAAAUCAAUGGCGAUGAUUUUUGCCAAGCCAUCAAUGAGGACUCGUGUUUCAUUUGAGACAGGAUUCUUCUUACUUGGUGGGCAUGCUAUCUAUUUGGGUCCUGAUGAUAUCCAAAUGGGCAAGCGUGAGGAGACUCGUGAUGUUGCUCGAGUACUCUCUGGCUAUAAUGACAUCAUUAUGGCUAGGGUUUUCGGUCACCAGGAUAUUCUGGACUUGGCGAAAUAUGCAUCUGUACCUGUCAUAAAUGGUCUCACUGACUAUAACCAUCCAUGCCAGAUAAUGGCUGAUGCACUUACUAUGCUUGAGCACAUUGGUCGUAUUGAAAACACCAAGGUUGUCUAUGUUGGAGAUGGGAACAAUAUUGUGCACUCAUGGCUUCUAUUGGCUGCUGUGCUUCCUUUCCACUUUGUAUGCGCUUGUCCUAAGGGAUUUGAGCCAGAUGCAAAGACAGUGGAGAUCGCCAGGAGUGCUGGAGUCAGUAAGAUUGAAAUAACAAAUGAUCCCAGGGAAGCAGUUAAGGGAGCAGAUGUUGUUUACACAGAUGUCUGGGCCAGCAUGGGCCAAAAGGAAGAAGCUGAUUAUAGAAAACAGAAGUUCCAAGGAUUCACGGUGGAUGAAGCCAUGAUGGAGAUUGCUGGUCCACAGGCCUACCUCAUGCAUUGUUUACCUGCAGAGAGAGGGGUGGAGGUAACAGACGGUGUCAUCGAGGCUCCCAACUCAAUCGUAUUCCCUCAGGCUGAAAACCGGAUGCAUGCUCAGAAUGCCAUCAUGCUUCAUGUCCUUGGCGCUUAAUACCCCUUCCACACACCACUAGUACACCUUUAUUAAAUUCUAGGGCAUUACUGAGGGAUAAAAGCUGUUUCAGCUUUAGCGCUGAAGCUCUAGAGUUUCUUUGGAGGCAUGAGGGUAGCGUUUUUGAAACAUGUCAGUGUAUUACGAUGAAUUGGAUUGUCCAGCAACGUGAUAUUUUGCCUGUCUGGGUGGUAGCUUGUACUGUAAAAGGGUGGCAAUCUUGAAUAAAAAUACAAACUUCUGUGGUGCCAAAUUUGCAAA